AUGGCAUCUCGACAUCUACACCAGCAUUACCAGCGUCGGGCCUCCAAGGCAAGGAGCCAGAAUCCCGGUGUCCUAAAGCCGGGGCAUCACUCGGUCACACGCGCUUUUGACUCCGAAUCCGCACCCCCGACAUGCUUUUCUUCCGAGGACCACCCUCCUGAGGCUAUCAGAGAUCACACCAAGCAUUAUUUUGGAUGCAUCAACAUCGCAGACCGUGCCAGUUACUUUCUUGACCCCGACAACAGCCCUAUCUGGCAGCAUGAGUUCCUCCUUGAGAAGGAGUAUCUGAAAUCGCUCCCCGAAAAUGAAAAGCGUUCAGACGAUGAGAUUACACGAGCCGCAAAAAAGCGUAGAGAUAAGACGAUCGAGAGCACCGCUGUCGCAAUUGAAGCUCAGUACAGAAGAACCGACAUCCUUCGACAGGCUGUCAAGGGAACAGUACCAAGCUCGCCCCCUGUAGCAGGCUCCAGCGGACCCUGCUUGCAGGAAUCAACGAACAUCACAAGAACCGACCACUUUGUGACUUGUGUUGAAGAAAGUGGGAAGAAUUGGAGGAGAUCAACGUCAUAUCUGGCCGGCUUGGAGAAGGUUCAAGCAUGGAAGCGCAAUAGACCAAUCGCCGAGAAUCCACCCAGUACAGCAGCACGGCUCCCUAAUGUUGACCCCGAAUCAAGACCAGAGCCCGGACGGGAAGAGGUCGGAAAGAUAGUGGAACGCAUUCGCAAAAGCACACCGGCAACCGAUUCCAAAUCAGCAGAGUACGAUCUCGAGCGAGAUGUAAACGCAUACCUCAUUCAGUACACACGCAAGAAAGCCGAGGACUGGACAUCUACAGCACUAAACGCAGUACCCACCACGGAUCCUCGCUCAAGGACACUAACGUCGUCACCAACACGGGAGACCUUUCACAACGGCACAACUAGCCCAGCACCGACUUUUUCACCAACACAGAGCUCGCAUGUUCAGUAUCUCGAACCUUACGAGGAGGAACUUCAAGAUCCAAGAUUCAAGGGUAGAUUUCCGGACCAGCGUCUAGCUAUGAACAUUGUUCUUGGUGCAGACGGAGAUUCGGAGUCAUCUCCCGCACCGGGGCCUAGUAUUCUUGGUAGGGAUGUUAUCAAGAUCGACGACCCCACAAGAAUACGAUAUUUCCAUCUGCCGUCCAACAACAUGCACUGGGUCGAGGUACAGUCUGCUUUCCCUUUUAUUGAUGAAUGA